GAACAGCAGAAUUUAUGAACGCCUCUCACCAACAUGGAUGAAGAUGUAAACAGGAGUGGAGAUCCAGAGAGGUUGGAAACAAAAGAGAAAAAGGGAAAGUUUGCUUGGAUUCGGAAUCUUUUCAGGCAAUACUUGCCAUUUGGCUCAUCGGAGGAAGAUAAUCAGGUUCCAAGAACCCAAAAGCCACAGGGAAGUCGGAUUGAAGGAAAUGUCCUUGUUGCAUACGAACCACUUGCAGUGGCCAGCGGAGUGAGUGACGGGAAUCAGGAGCCUGGAACUAGCCCGAGUGAGGAGCUUACUGAUGUCGGAGGCUCUAUGCAAAAGGAAAUUUCAAAUUUCAACCAAGAAACAAAUCCUAGCUCGACAAUCGAUGAGCUCUUAACGCAAUGUGACGAUGACCAACUGUCCCAUCUGACAAAAUUCUACCAGGAGAGACUGAAACAAGCGAUUGAAGAAGGGGUUGAUGGACUCACCCGAAUGCUAAGAGAGGAGGGAUAUUUCAGUGGAGAAGAACAUGAGAAAGUCACCGAGCUAGCGGAGAAGGGAAAACGGACAGAGAGUUCCACACUCUUCCUCAGUCUGGUGAACGGGAAAGGCUCCCGGGCCUGGAGGGUGAUGUGGGAAUCUUUUGUGAAAAUGCGGAAUGAAUUACCAAAGUUGGAUAAAAUACUGAAAGAAAUCCAGGAACUAGGUCCUGAUCCACAUAAAUAUAUGAGCAUCGCCCGAGAUUUAUCUGAAUUACCCAUUCGACUGAAAAAUGUUCAACAGAAAUACAAGGACACGCUGAGGGCAGAAACUGAAACACUGAGAGUGAACACGAUCCUGAUGAGGGAGAAGGUGAAGGUUUUCCAGCUGGUUGAUCGAUACGCUGAGCUCACUGUCAUUUCUACUGUUCGAGAUCGGAGACUUGUGGAACAUGAGCUUCUGGCAAGAGGCAGAGACCAUGAGGAGUGGAGAGAGAAACAUCUCCGGGGAGAGCUAGAAAAAAUCCGGACUGAUCAGUUGUUUCAGAGCAGCUUUUCCCGGAGUAAAUUUAUAUCUGGGAGUUCGGCAGCAGUGGCCGGAGUCCCGGGGAUCGGGAAAACAACCAUGGUGCAAAAGAUUGUCUAUGACUGGGCCACGGGGAAAAUAUACCAACACUUCCAGUUUGUCUUCAGUUUCAAAUUCCGGGAUUUAAACACCAUUAAUUGUCGAACAAACCUGAAGGAGCUGAUUCAACAUGAGUAUCCUGACUUUGAGAAUAUCCUGGGAGAGAUCUGGAAGAACCCAGAGGGAUUGCUUUUUAUAUUCGAUGGUUUGGAUGAAUUCAAGACCACAAUCGAUUUUGCUGACAGUCGGAGAGACAAAAAACCUCAGCACGUGUGCCCAGAUCCCGAGUGUUGGUGUGAAGUAUCUGACAUUGUGUACAGUUUAAUCCAGCACAAGCUUCUCCCAGGGUGUUCAGUGCUGGUGACCACCCGCCCCACUGCAUUACAUUUAUUGGAAAAGGCAGAGAUCAGUGUCUGGGCUGAAAUCCUGGGAUUUGUCGGUGAGGAACGGAAGGAAUAUUUCCACAGGUAUUUUGAAGAUCAGACGGUGGCAGCAGCUGUUUUCAAACACGUGGAGGAGAACGAGAUCCUGUACACCAUGAGCUACAACCCAUCCUACUGCUGGAUCCUUGGUCUGGCACUGGGCCCCUUCUUUACACAAAGACACAGGGAUCCACAGCGAGUUCCCAAGACCAUCACCCAACUGUAUUCCCACUAUAUUUACAACAUCCUGAAAAACCACGGCCGUGAGAUUGAAAGCCCCCGUGAUGUGUUACUGAGGGUUGGUCAGAUGGCUUUCACAGGAGUGUCCAAGAAGAAGAUUGUGUUUACAGAUGGAGAUUUGAUCAACUACAAUCUGCAGCCUUGCCAGUUCUUGUCCGGAUUCCUGAUGGAACUUUUGGAAAGAGAGCAUUCUGCCCGGAGCGUGGUGUACACAUUCCCACACCUCACCAUCCAAGAGUUUGUAGCCGCACUCGCACAAAUCCUGACUCAAGAUCCCAGGGGCAUUCAGAAACUCCUCACUGAAGCCCACAGCACGACAGAUGGACGGUUUGAGGUAUUUCUCCGUUUUGUUGCUGGUCUCUCCUCUGCAGGGUCAUCUCGGGGCCUGGAGGAGUUUCUAGGUACAUUUCCUCAUCAAACAAUCUGCCGAGUGAUUGACUGGAUGAAAGAGGAGGUCAAACGCCAGAUUGGAAACGCAGAGAGUGAAAUCGGUAAAAGGAGCCUCCUGAACACUUUUCACUACUUGUUUGAGUCUCAGAACCGUGGACUGGCUCAGGCUGCACUGGGAUCUGUGGAAACACUUUCAUUGAAUGAAUUGCGACUGACCCCGAUUGACUGCGCGGUCCUGUCUCAUGUCAUUGGCUUCUGUGAUACAAUAAAACACCUCGAUCUGUGGGGCUGUAACAUUCAGUGUGAAGGAAUCCAGCGGCUUGCUCCCGGGCUGCACAAAUGCCAGGAUUUGAGAUUGGGUUAUAAUGACCUGGGAGAUUCGGGAAUGAAACUGGUGUCUGCAUCUCUGAGGAAACCGGACUGUAAAAUACAGAUACUGUGGGUGGACAGGAACGGUCUCACAGAUUCUUGUGCCGAAGAUCUUGCUUCCGCUCUCAAUACAAACUGCUCGCUAACGGAGCUGAACCUACGUGAUAAUAAACUGGGAGAUUCAGGCAUGAAACUGGUGUCUGCGGCUCUGAGGAUCCCAAAUUGUAAAAUACAGAAACUGCGUCUGGGCUGGAACAGUUUCACAGAUUCUUCUGCCGAGGAUUUCGCCACCACUCUCAGUACAAACCGCUCACUGACUGAGUUGGACCUGGGUGGUAAUGAACUGGAGGAUUUGGGAAUGAGGCUGAUUUCUGCAGCUCUGCAGAAGACGGAGUGUAAAAUACAGAAACUCUUGCUAUACAGAAGCCGUCUCACAGAUUCUUGCACAGAAGAUCUCGUCUCCGCUCUUUGCAAGCACAGCUCACUGACGGAGCUGGACCUGGGAUCAAACUCCUUCACAGACCGAUCUGCCUCCUCUCUCCGUCGCCUCAUAGAGAAGCUCCCGAGUCUGGGGCGGCUGGUGCUGGGCGGGAAUCAGUUCAGUUCAGAUACAAAGAAUAAUCUGAAGUCACUGCAAGAAACCAGACCAGGACUCAGAAUGACCUGGUGAACCUCUCAGUUUUUAAAGAUCAGUGUUCUCGGGAUGGGAAUAAUUGUGGCCGAUUUCCCUCCCUCGCCUUUAAAUGAACACGCUCCGGUUUAAAUCCUAACGAUUUUAAGAGAUACCAGCUGCGCGGCCCCGCCCGUUGUGAGGUCAGUAGUAGUCUUGCUGCGACGUGGAUCGACCACACGAUGCUGCUUCUUCCGUUUAUCCAGCGCUGAAUACCCCCUCGUGUGGCGCUGAGGAAUUACACGGACAGGAAAAGUACAGGACAAGCCUCUGUCUGGGACACUAUAAUCGAAUUUGGUGUCCCGUGGGUGGGAUUAUCCCGGGAAAUAACCUUUUUGGCCACGUUAAUGAGGACAUUGUGGUUGGAAUUUUUACUCCAGUUCAUAAAGCAGCCUGUCGAUUUAAUGACGGUAAUUUCACCCCGGAUCUGCAACGACAUCGGACACUUCCCCGAAUUGUAAAUUUAUAAUCGGCUUUCGCCGUGAUGAAGCGUGACGGUGAUAAACUGCUGAUUAUUCAACCUGCCACUCAUUAUCACAUUACUGUUAAUUAUGCCUGUUUGGAACUGAACUCUGAAGAGCUUAAUUUCCUCACACGUUAGUAUGUUUCUCUUUGUUUAAUUUACAAUUACGAUGGUGAAAUCAA